GGUCGUGGCGGGGGGCAGGGAGGCGCCUUGCAGUACUCCAGACGCCGCACCUCACAGUCUUGGCAUGCGAAGGUCGCCGCGCACCCACAACAUUCGUAGGGAAAUUUCGAAUGCAAAUGUUGAGUUUGAAUAUAGAGCAGAAUGCGAGCGGCGGCGGCGGUAAUGGCAGUGGUGGUGGUAGCGAUGAUGGAAUGUUGACCACUUUCCCUGCUGAGGCGGGCGACCUCCGCCUCCGAGCCACGGCCGCCGCCACGCGCUGCUCUCCUGCUCAGUUGUGUGUCAGGCGUGCUAGAGGCCAGACACAACUCGUCCGGUCCUCCGUCCCCUCUCACGUGCCUUAUAACACCCUCGGUAGCGCAGCGCCUUGUGGUUGUGUCGAGAACAGUCGUGUGGUGGAGUGAGCAGUGAUUGGCCAUGCUGACAGUGUGUUGUGUUGACGCCUGUGAACGGCGCCGAAAUCGAGUGUUGGAGCCCUGUUAAGGGAUAUGCUGCGUGGCGGGGGCUUGUGCUUGGCAGGGCCGGGGGACCCUGCGCUAAACAAAAUCUCCCCCAGGAUCAGGGCCCUCCAGGACCGCCUCAUGGACUCUCUGCCAUCUGACGGCGCCUGGGAAUGUCUCUCGCCUGCCCAGCGUGAAGCGAUCUUGUCCCUCCACCGCUCACGCACCACCUCCACCGAUGACUCCAGUGAACCAGGGGAGGGAGGGCUCCGCAGGCCCUUGCGCUCGCAUGCUGCCUUUGCUCGUUUCACGCGUAGCCGAAGUUACGAUGACCGUCUAGAGAGUGAAACUGAUGACUCCGGCGUGCGGGGCAGCGGCGCCACGAGCCACAACAGCCUGGAGGAGGACUCCAGCGACAACUGCCUGAGGCGCGGCCGCCUCAACAAGGGGCUGGAAGGCCAGGCAGGGAAAAGUGCUCGAGAGGGCCAACAUGAUCGAGGUGGUCGCAAGGGUGAGGCCAAAGGGCUUGGCAAAGUCAAUAAAAUAAUAUCGAAGCAAAUGGGCAAAGCUUCGGCGCCCUCCAACAUCACGCUGGACUGCCGCAACGUUCAGGGCGAGAAGCGACGCCGCUCCCGUGUGGACGUGGACGGACCCUUCAGGGACCUGGAGGCCAUCAGGGAACGGGACCAGGAGAAUGCAGUGCCUCAGCCCAUCAGGCCCAGGCCCGGGCCAUGCCGCAGAACACCACUGGCGGAAUGUGACGUCCAACUGCAUGGCCUGAAGGAAGCCCACCUGCAGGCCCUUCGGGAAGUAAAGGAGAACGGGUCUUCCGAGGAAUACGACAGUGGCGUCAACCUCAAGCACGAGGACAGCACGGACGAGUACAUGAAGGGCCAACAGAGCCGUGCUGAAGUUUCCAUGGAUGGUGAGUGUGACCGUUCUCCACGCAGUGACCUCAGCCCCUCACCCACCUCUCCCCGCGGUCACCCCGACGACCUCGCCACCGGAAGACCCUCAGCAGAACGGGAACCGUUUAGGGGCUGGGAUCACUCUGUGGAACGCGGGGGCAACAAGGGCAGGUCACGUGAGGGCCGGGCGAACAGGGCUCCUGGGGAGUCACGCAAGAAAAUAGGUCAAAACACCAAGCUCAAUUCUGCUUUUGAUUACCGCACCUGCCUCAAUCAGGACCAGGCUGGACGCUACACCAGCAGCUGGAACAACAUCAUCCUUAACCGUAGAGUCCCCAUCAAGGCCACCGGCGCCCCGGCUCGGGAGUCACGCUUCACCAAGAACGCUGCAGGGGGUGGCGGCGGCGUGACCCGCUGCUCUGGGAACGUGGCUGGCAAGACUGCCGCCGCUGUCGCUGCCAACAGGAAGCCUGAGGCCCUCAACUGGAUGGUGAUGCAGCCGGGCCAGACCCCCGACAGGCCUGUCUCUAGGAAAUACCUCCGCAGCAAGAGUCUGGAUCGUAAAUACAUGGACGACGACUCAAGUGACGAAGACAGUGACUUCGAAACGAGGCGCCGGACGGAGCGAGUGAGGAGGCAGCAGCGAGCCAGCCAGGAGUGGGAGGCAGGGCGGGGCAGGCAGUUGCCCCAGGACCGGGGUCGUCCGCGGGGCCCCGUCAAGGCUAAGAGCGACUGGGACUUGACGGGCAACGAAGAGAAGCUGCAAGACGAUUUUGAUGACUUUGAAAACAUUGGAUUCCGGACGCGGAGUGACUUCCGAAGCCGCUGGGAGAGCGAGGACCGUCACCGGAAGGGGAUCGACCACAGCCAGGUGGGUCGCGGCGUCCCGGGGAAUCGCAGGAGCUGUGACUUCGAACUGGACUUUCAUCGUCAGGACUUGGACAUGAUUUGCAAUGACAAGCUUGAUUUCGACCGCAAACGGUGGUACCGCCGCAGCUGUGAUCUAGACCUGGACUUUGAGCUGCACCACGGACAGAAGCGCCGCGAGGAGCAGCUCGACGCGGAGUGGAGUCGCCGCGCGCAGGAGCAAUACCCGAUCCCGAUGGAGGCUGAGCUGCUGCCUGCCAUGGCCAAGCGAGGCGGCGCUCGCCUCACCGAGCAGCAGAUGAUGCAGCUGCACGCUCAGGGCAGGAACAGAAGCCGGUGCGAGGAGAUGAUGGCCGACGAGUCCUUCCACCUCGAGAUGGAGGGCGGGCGCAGGCCGCGGCCUGAUGACCUGGACGGGGAGGACACGGGGCGCCGCACCCGCUUGGAGGACUACUACCGCUCCCGCACCAGCCUGGGCCACCGCGGUCCUGACAAGCGCCCCCGGAGCCGCACCCCCCACCUGCUGCGCGAGAACGGGGUGCUGAGCUUCGAGAACCCCAACUACACCCUGGCCGGCGGCGCUGACCCCCGGCUCGACGACGCCCUCAACAGAAACAGUGACGAUACGUUGGAUGGUGGUCUGGCCGCCCUCGAUUCGCUGUACUCUGAGCUGGACCACGUGUGCAGCUUGAACCGCACCGCCAGCGUGAGGAACCGUCGACAUUAUGCGCAGCUGGACGUGGGCUCCAUGGGGGUCGACGUAGCGAGCGGCCCUGUGACCAACUUGGACCAGGCCGACCACCAGAACAACAGUCUGCUGGACAAUGAGUCGAACAUAAUGGGGAGGAAGCAAGGCCUCAGUUACACCCUCCACCAGCCGGACCUCAUCGAGCACGUCACGACCAUCCAGCAUCACCAGCAGGAGCAGCAACCCAACAAGGCGGAGGAUGUGGAGAGCGAGGACAAGCAUAUGCUGACCCCUGAGGGCGGCGGUGACUCGGGCGUGGUGACGGAUGGCGGCUCCACCUCCUCGUCCACCUCCUCCCAGCAGAGUCGCCAGUCCCCCACCCACAUCCCACACAUGACCCCCGCGCACACCGAGGACCUGUACGCCUUGCCCGUGAAGCGCAGCACUGGCCAGGGUGGGGACGGGGGCGAGGAGAAGGCCGACCCGCCCACCGAGGACACACUGCCGGCGGGCUGGGAGAAGCACGAGGACAACGAUGGGCCUUACUACUGGCACAUCAAGAGCGGCACCAUCACUCGCACGCCGCCGGAGCCUUCCCAGACGGUGCCCGCCGCUCCUCUCCGGGCCGAGCGUCGCAACAGAGAGCCAGACCAGAACAGCGGCAGUGUGGGCGGCACCGUCACCCGCAGCAACACCUCCUCCGCCCUCUCCGAGCUCUCAGACUCCCGCCCUCGCACCGCCGCCCUCGACAACGCCUACAAGCGCAGGAGCUACCCGGCCCGCAGCGACAUCACGGAGGGCAGCGGCGGGCGGCCCAUCCGCUUCGCCGUGCGCUCCCUCGGCUGGGUGGAGAUCGCUGAGGAGGACUUGACCCCCGAGCGCUCCUCCAAGGCCGUGAACCGCUGCAUCGUGGACCUCUCCGUCGGCAGGCGUGAUGUGCUGGACGUGGUGGGCUGCUGGGGGGAUGGCAAGGACCUCUUCAUGGACCUGGACGAAGGCUCCCUCAAGCUGGUGGACCCCGAGAACCUGACGGUGCUCAACACGCAGCCCAUUCAUACCAUCCGCGUGUGGGGCGUGGGCAGGGACAACGGCAGGGACUUUGCAUAUGUUGCACGGGACCGGGUAUCAAGGAAGCACAUGUGCCACGUGUUCCGAUGUGACACUCCGGCACGCACCAUCGCCAACACACUGAGGGACAUUUGCAAGAAGAUAAUGAUUGAACGCUCACUCCAGCAAAACCUGAACAAGCCUCUCGACACAGGUUCAGGGGGAGGGGGGGGAGGAAGUCGACUGACCCGCCCCACAAACCUCCCUACCGAGAACCGCCGGACUCACCGUCACCCACAAAUCAUCUCAGCACAGUCCUUCCCAACACCCAUGGAAGAGCCCAAGAAAGUGAUGCGAGUGCAGUAUUGUGGCGUCAUGCAGGUAGAACGGCCCUCAGGCAUGGAGAUCCUCAACUCAGCCAUUGACAGGGUGGUGGAGGCCAACCCACCACCCUGGAGGAACGUGUCCGUGGCUGUUGCACCUUCCACCGUCACCGUCACCAAUACUGAUGAUGGAAAGCAGAUUGCUGAAUGCAGAGUUCGCUUCUUAUCUUUCCUUGGCAUUGGGCGUGACGUGAAGCACUGUGCCUUCAUCAUGCACACUGCCCAGGACCAGUUCAUUGCCCACGUGUUCUUCUGUGAGCCAUCAACAGGCGCACUCUGCAAGACCAUUGAAGCAGCAUGCAAAUUUGACUUCCUGAGCUCUGAGCUGCGGUACCAGAAGUGUCUCGAUGCUCACCCUGGAGUGGGGCGAGGGGGGCGAGGGGCUGGCACCCCACGCACCAUCUCAGCCACACUGCGCUCCGUCCUUGGCACCAUCACUGGCCGCAAGGCUCGCUCUGCCGAAUCCUGAGAUGAGGACUCACCUCUGCAGGACUUGUGGUGGCGCCCUGCAGAGCGUGAGGUGAUUCCCCAUAGACACCUGGCCAGCCCCAGUGCACCGCCCACUGCUGGGUGUCCUUUCUCCUCACGGCAGGUUCAGGCGCUGGUUUCCCCUACGUGUGACACUCCGCCCUCCUAUACCCUGCAUCGCUCCCCCACCACUCCUACCCUAGCACCUCCUACCCCUGCAACACCAAUGUCUCCCUUAGAUGCACUACGCCGUCUACAGCUCCCACCGGACCUCUCCCCUUCCCAAGAAGAGGAUAUCCAUUUACAAGAGGAAAUCAUCUUGGGUGAAGGCAGUACUCUCUUGCUCGAGUCUGAAGCAGAGGAGGAAGAGGCACACUCAUAUGAAAGGAUAACAGCAGAGUGAAAGUAGUUGAUAAAUGUAUCCUGAACAAGUGCCAUUUUGUCCACUUGAUAGUUAGUGGCAGCUGCGUUGGUCUAAGGCAGUGAGGGAGGGAGUAGCAAAAUUUUAAGAGAGAUUGGUCUGCAGUAAGUGCAUCACAUUUAUAGGAAACAGGAUAAAGGCAGACAUAUCCUUCAUAAAUCCUCCCUCCCUCUGCCUAUAAGAUGGUGUGAUUGAUACCAGUUAUAGAUCCUUGCCUCAACAGGCCCUCUUAUCUGGGAUUAAUAAAUAGGCAUCACUGCCUCAAAUUUACUCCCUGUUGAGUGUCUUUGAGUAGCCUCGUACUCUGAACUUUCUCUUGUACUAUAGAAAUUUGCAUCUAUUUCAGAAUUGACAAUGGGUGGUUGCUUCAGCUCUUUGCUUGGGACAAGGGUGGAUUGGUGCCUACAUUCCAGAAACAGGGGCAGGUCAGAGCUUGGACUCGGCCCUUCUUAAAGACCAGAUGAAGACUUUUCUUAAGCAGCUUUAAGCUGUACAUGUAUAUUGAGUCUUUUUGUGUACAUCCAUGUGGUCUUGAGGAAUCUGCCUCAGUCACUCAAAUACUAGUAAACCCAUUACUGUCCAAGUCUCAGCAUCUCUUAACUUAUUUUUCCCUCAUCCUUGAACAGUAACUUAUUUUAUAUUUGAGGAUAUAUUUUUGUAUUAGUUUAUGUAGGGCAGCCAGAUAUUAGUCAUUCUGUACCUCAUGUACUUCAUUACUUCUAUACUUAUAUGUCUUAAGUAACAUACCAUGAGCUACAUUCCUUUCAAAGGUCAGAGGAUCUGUUUGACGGUCAGGCAAGUUUUGUAGUUUGCAGCGUCCUUGCAAGGAUCCAAGGAGUGUGUCCUCCAGGCAGGACUUUCAGUAGUGUUUUUCCUGGCAGGGUGCUACACACCAUUUGCAUCCCUUGUAGGAUACCCCAGGGGCCCCUGGCAUUGCAUGGUAUCCUGGCAGGGUAUUUGGCAGCAUGUCAUCGGUACUUAAAUAUUCCAUGUUUCCCAUAUGCUCCACUGUAAUGAAUUAGAAUCUCAAUGGCAGCUCCCUUCUCAACAUAUAGCUGAUGUGGAGGUUUGUGGUUAGGACAGGGAGGCCUGAACUGGCUGCAAGAUCAUACCUUUUAAGAUUGGAUUACUGAUUUUUCCAUACUGGUGUUGUAAUUUUGUCUUCAGACUAUGGAACACAGUCUGCACCAAAGUGGUCUUGGUGUUAUAAAGGGAGGCCUCUGCUGCUCCCUGGCCUACUGCUGCAACCUGAAAGGAAAUAAGGAAGGUAAAAAUACAAGUGGCAAGUGCAAGAUGACAGUAGCAUGUAUAGCUUGUAGUCUGUUUUGUGUGCCCACCAUGAUCACAGCAUACAAGAGAGAGCCUUGGCUAUAGCAGGUAAUGGGUCACAACAACCAUCUCCUAACUUGGCCCGAAGGUCCACAUAAAUAUUAAUGUAGAAUCUUUUAGAAUAAAGUGUAAAGUGUCUCACAGCAUCAAUAUAGUUAUCUGUUAUGUUCUCUCAACUGUCUGUAACUUCAAUCAGAUAUCUUAAGUUUCAUUAAGAUUGCCUAGAGCAGUACAUAUAUAACCUAUUGUAUAUAGGAGAAGCUGUGUGUGAUAACCUGCCUGGGGCCUGCUGCUGCCACCUCACACAUGGACUCAUUAUUAGCCCUCUGUAUCGGGAGUGUUAAGUAUCUUACACGGGUUGGUUUGCAUACGUGUAGUUCCCGUGUGUGAGGCAGCAGGCAGACAGAGACACCUGCUGGCUGUCACCAUCAUGUGGUGGAGUGUGCCUACAUGCUUGCGAUAGUGACAUCAGUAAUACUGAAUACUUUAAAAAUAUAUAUUGUAGUUUAGCCUUAGCAAGCAGGGGAUAUACAAGUUUCUCUUAUCCUAGGCAUUGAAUUAGAUGAAGUGACAGUCAUUGUAAACUGAAGGCUCUGACAUCUAACACUGACCCCAGCAGCUGUCUCUGCUCCCCCUCCCACCUGCUGAACAAACUGUUGUAAAGUUUAUAGAACUGAGUUGAACCUUGGUUUGAUUUCUAUCAGAAUUGUAUAAAGUAAGGACAUAUACAUAUAUAUAUAAUAUAUAUACAUAUAUAAAUACUCUGGAGGAAAAGAUCUGCCUGUGUCGGGUUACAGAGAUUUAACGAUAGAAUGAGAUAAGUAAAGACUUUACCUGCAGUAUCACAAUUCCUUAGUCUGAAUUAAGUCACUUUUGUUAUGAAGGAAAUUCCAAGAUCUGUUUAUCAAGUUAAGUGUUUCAUUUUAACACACAUGUCUGUACAGCUCAUGUAUUUAAGUGCCUGUCAGUCUGCAUUGCAGGUGCUUACACAAACCUUAUCAGUGUCAAUACUCAUGUGUGAACAAAAUACAUUAUUACAUAGAACACA